AUGACGGCUACGCUGCACUUCCGCUUGCGUCUGACGUCUCUUCCGUUUCUCUUGGCAACGGGGAGACGCGAAGAAAACGCUGAGCGCAGUCUCGGGCAGCCGUUCACAGACAAAAUGGCAGGAACUGAGCACACUGAAAUUGAGGAGACACUGAAGAGGAUUGAAGCCCAUAAAGGUGUGAUUGGAACAAUUGUGGUAAAUGCAGAGGGUAUUCCCAUCAGAACAACUUUAGAUAACUCCACAACGGUUCAAUAUGCAGGACUUCUUCGCCAACUCACGAUGAAGGCCAGGAGCACAGUGAGGGAUAUUGACCCUCAGAAUGACCUCACCUUCCUCCGUGUGCGCUCCAAGAAACAUGAGAUCUUGGUGGCACCAGAGAACGAUUUUCUGCUGAUAGUCAUCCAGAACCCAUGUGAAUAGCUGCUGGACAUUUACAUGAGAGUCAGCCUUUGAUUUGUCACAUGGUGGUGCUCUAUCCAGGCAAAAGAAUUUUUCCCCCACUGUGUUGUUGCAUCAUGUACUGCCUAAUCCCCCUUUUUUUCACUUGGAACUCAAGUAUAUUGCCUUAAUCUUUAUCUUUAUGAUAAAUUGUUUGUUUUACCCUCCUUAUUCUGAUUGAAAAACCUGAAUAAAUGUGGAUGUUUCCAUACUGGUGUACAGUGUCAUACAAUAAGAAAUAAACUAUGAUAUAUAAAGGUAUACAAAUGCUGAGCUAUCUUUGAUUAGGACUGUAUAUCUAGAUGGUAAAAGUAAAAGAUCGAAGUGACUUUAAAUGAGAGAUCAUAACUGGCCCAUGGGGGCUUCCAUAACAAAGACUGCUCAGUUGUCUUACGCGGCAGUAGGGGGCGGCAGUAGCUCAGUCCAUAGGGACUUGGGUUGGGAACCGGAGGGUCGAGUCCCUGUCCGGACCAAAUAUGGAGCGUGGACUGGUGGCUGGAGAGGUGCCAGUUCACCUCCUGGGCACUGCCGAGGUGCCCUUGAGCAAGGCACCGAACCCCCCAACCGCUCGGGGGGCCUGACCAAGGGCAGCCCUCCCACUCUGACAUCUCUCCACUUUGUGUAUGUAUAGAUCCUGUUUGUGCAUGUGUGUGUCUUUCGGACCUGUGUGUAA